AAUGUCAGUGAAGUAAUAAGAAAAUAUUUUUCAAACUUUCUUGUAUUUUGUAUUCGCGUUAAAAAGAACUCAUAUAUUAGUUUCGUGAAAAACGCCUUCUGAAUAAUUGCAAAAGAUAUGUAAAAAGAAGUUAUCAGCUCAAUCACAUAAGUUCCCAUGUUGAUUCCACAAUACUUGGUGAAUUUUCUGUGUUGUGUUACACCGGUACUUCUGUUGCUACAGGCAAGUUGCUCUAUGCGUAGUGUUAAAAAUAACGGGAAGCUACCACCAGAAUUUGUUAAUAUUAGAAGAAGCUAUGGGAAACCUGUUAUGCUUAUAGCCGGCGGUUUUCGGCCUUGGAAACAUAAGAUAUUCAAGUAUGUGGUGUCUAUCCGCACAGCCAGAGCGACGGCGUAUUUUGGUGAUAAUCACUUUUGUGUUGGCUCAAUAAUUUCGGAUGAUUUAAUUUUAACCGCGGCCCAUUGUGUUGUUGAUCGCCGAAAGAUCGUUACUCGUUCGCAUCGUCUUCUCGUUGUUGCUGGUACACCGAAUCGUUUGCUUAAAAUCAUAAAUACAUUUGAGGUGAAUGUCGAAGAUGUCCUGCCUCACCAUAGAUUUGUGCCAAGCGGUGCACACGAUAUCGCUCUGUUGCGCACCUAUGCGAGUUUUCCCGACGACAAUGAUCUAAUCAAAAUAAUACCGAUGGCUAGGAAGAUCGCUGUUGCGGGCACACGCUGUCAAAUUAUUGGAUGGGGUCAUCUCUUUUUUCGCGGUCCGUACUCUGCUUUCGCCAUAGUUGCCAACGUAACAAUAUUCUCUUAUGAUUAUUGUAAAUCAUUUUAUCCCGAUGUAUUUGAUGAGACAAUGAUUUGUGCUGGUAAUCCCAAUGCAAUGGAUACUGAUGCUUGUCGCGGUGACUCGGGUGGUCCGUUGAUAUGUGAUGGCGUGGUAACCGGGGUUGUUGCAUGGAGCUCGUACUGUGCUGAAGAAUGGAAACCGAUUGUUUUUAUGAGUGUGUUUCAUCAUCGUGACUGGAUUAAAAGGGCAAGUGGCGCUGAAGAUAUUCGAGAUAUAAAUGCCGUUAUGUUAUUGCAUAUACUGCUAUAUUUUCUAUGCGUAUUAGUUUAUUAAAACAUUGCAUACAUUAGUGGAAAAAUGGAAACAGA